UAUCGUUACUCGGACAGUAAUGGUUGAAGGGAAAGAGACGGUUGUAAAUGAAAAAGUAUUCAGUGGAGGAAUUUACAUUGUUUCUGCUGGUCUGAGUUUAUUUCGGCUUGAAAACUCCCUCGUGCACAGUGAGGAUUUAAUACUGAAAUACGUUACAACAACUGAAGGUCUACGUCUCUUCGUUGUGUCUUCGAAGAAAGAUUGA